AAAGAGAAAUUAAUAUUUUUGUUGGUAAUAGAAGUUGAAGAUCUAGCUAAUAAUAACCCAAAGCGUUAAAUAACAAUCUAAUACUCGCUUUAGGCGUUAAUGCAUAUCAAUUGAUGAAAUUUAUGUUCAUUUCGAAUUACUUGACGCUCUCCAAUGAAGCGCAUUCUGCAUUGACGCACUCCAUUGAAGCGCCUUCUAAUACUUGAAUCCUCCAUUGAAGCAGCUUCUGAGGAUUGAAGUAUGAAAUUAGAGGUUUUCUCCCUUUUGCCGGAUCCUGUUGGCGACUCCAUCUUGCUGCUCCAAUCUGCCCAACUUGCUCUUCAAACAGAAAUUCAGAAAUUCGAGGAGAUAGGCAAGGGCAUUUGUUCGUUGUUUGAUGACUCCGACAAGACUAGUGGUGUUUCUGUCCCCUCUGUGCCUGUUGAUCCUUUAGUUUACAUGGAAAAUGCUUCUGAUGGUUGUUGGAGUGAGUUUAAUCAUGCCUAUUUGAGCAAGAUUGUCCCAACACUUGAAAGACAGCUGAAUGAAGCUGAAGGUAGCCUAAAGGAGAAGGAACUGAGGAUUGCUGAACUCGAAACCAUGACAUGUAUGGAUUCACCUCAAGAACGUGUAAGGAGCACUAUUGAGCAGCAAAACAAAAGAUGCAUAGAAAUUGAAGCCGAGCUGCAGGAUCUCUUCAAGAAAAAACUUGAAGCUGAAGUUGAGUCAGUUGUGAUAUCAAGAUCUUCCAUGGACUUGAGUGAUCUCGUUGAAGAUAAGUUAAAGCUUUUGAAGGAGCAAAUUUCUCUAUCUAAGGAGCGAGCGCUGUCUCCAAGAAUGACAAACAAGGGUGUCAUGCUACAAGGGCAAUCUGAGAAGUCAGACGCAAUGUAUGGUAGUAUAUUGAGCUGUGAAGAGAUUCAGAAGAUGCAGAAACGGGUAGUUAAGGUUACAAAAUGCCUUAUUAUGCAAUUGGUUUUGUUGGUCUUAGUAUUUGCUCUGUUUUUCAUGAAACUAGUACCCAAUUCAGCGGUGCUUGUACCCACUUAGUACACUAUAUAUGUAGUUAAGUGAUUUCUUUCACAUCUUGUAUUUCUGGGUUAAAUCAAGAUCGAUGAUUAAUUUUCUUUUGCUUUA